AUGGCAUUCAGCGAGCUGUUGAAAGCCGCAACGGCACAAGGGCCUGAUCGGAAAAUUCCAGGGGCGGUUGUGAUGGCAGCCGAUGCGUCUGGCAAGAUUAUAUACUCCCAAGCCGAAGGGCAAACAUCGGUCACGCCCGAAGCAGCAAAGCCCAUGACAAUUGAUACAACGUUCUGGAUAGCAUCGUGUACCAAGCUCCUUACAACCAUUGCAGCAUUGCAGUGUGUCGAGAAAGGCCUUUUGAGUCUUGAUGCUGACAUAUCCAAUGUUCUUCCAGAGUGGGAAGCUUCAGAAAUCCUGACCGGCUUCGACGAUGCUGGGGAACCACAAUUGAAAAAAGCGACCAAGCACAUUACUUUGCGUCAAUUGCUAACACACUCAAGUGGUAUGGGCUAUGACUUUUUGUCUCCCGGGUUGGCCAAAUGGAGACAGUGGAAAGGAGAGCCAAUUGGUGCUUCGGAGGAACCCAUAGAGAAACGGCAAUUCCUACCGCUCAUAUAUGAGCCUGGACAAGGCUGGAGUUAUAGCGUUGGGAUUGACUGGGCCGGAAAGAUAGUUGAACGAGUCAAUGGAGGUAUCCGGCUGGGUGAUUACAUGAAGCAGUACAUUUGGGGCCCAUUGGGGAUGACUUCGACCGGCUUUCGUCUUGACCAAAAUGAGAGCAUCCGGAAUCACCUCUGUGCGACGACUGCACGAACCCCGACAGGCGAACUGGUUGCGUCAGCUCCGUAUAAUUUCCAGAAUCCUGUGGAUGACCUGGGUGGCGGAGGCUUGCACAGUUGCCCAGCCGAUUACAUCAAGGUGCUGAUCUCUUUGCUGAAGAAUGACGGCACUCUUCUUAGGCCGGAAACCGUGAAGAUGAUGUUCGAGCCUCAGCUUGCAGAUCCCAAGCAUUUGAUGGUCAUGACACAAGAUCCGAAAGGUGGAGCAAUGUUCAGAGGCGGCGUAGAUUGCAACACAUGGAAUUUCGGUCUGGGUGGAAUAUUGACCCUAGAUGAUGUGGAAGGUGUCUGCAAGAAAGGCACGAUGUCGUGGGGCGGAUUGCCAAAUCUGUUCUGGUGGAUUGACCCGACGGGCGGCAAUUGUGGAGUAUACGCCUCGCAAAUACUUCCACCAGGAGAUCCUACGUCGAUGGCGCUAGCUGUGGACUUCCACAAAGAGAUCUAUGCUCUGAGCAAGUCGUGA